AUGAUCCACCAGUGUAUUACAAAGGCCAACGCCCACCUGCUGAGGGUCCACAGAGGAAAUACCACUAGAACUGGAGGUGUUGAAGUUGUUCGUUAUUAUGCUACUGAAGGUGGUGUUAAUACUACCGUAGGUGGUGGUAACACUACUGGAGGUGGUGGUAAUGCUACUGAAAGUGGUGGCAGAUGGCCUGCCAGGAGCGAGCGCUGGGUUGUGUUUGGCGACUCUCACAUGCGUUUCCUUCUGGCCUCUUUCCUCACUCGCUUCAGAAGCCCCACCCUCCAGUACCGACUUGAAGAAAAGGGCAAGUGGCUUAGUGCAGCUGCUCUAGAGGCAGAACUUCAUACUUCCAAACUCUGGCAAAAUAUUGAAGUACGUGACCUUGGAGUUAACUUCCACCUAACCUACUACUGGGAUACAUUAUUGAAGAUCCUGCCGGAGAAGCUGACGGAGUGGGAGCAGCACCCUCACCGCUCCCCGACACUCGUCAUCAUCGCUGCGGCACUGCACUGGAUGGAAGCAACUCAAGAUGUGUACCAGAGCCAGGGACCCGAGGCAGCCGUCGCCUUGUAUAGGACGCACAUCAGUAGCUUCAAGGACCAACUCACCGGCCUCGCAGCCAACACUACUGUCGUCUUUAAGCUCCUCGACGACCUUAGGAGAGCCAGCGAACCAAAUGCAUGGAAAGCCAUCAACACCCGGAGUAACUACCCGUUGUACAACAAGGCGGCGGUGGCGGCACUGUCAGGGACAGGUGUGAUCAUCUGGGACAGCACCGUGCCACUCUCCCGGGCCUACACCCUCCGCUGUGAGGCACAACUCCUGCACACUCCCCCGUGGCACUACUGGAACUGCCAGGACCCUUGCCAUGUAGGGUACAUCCUCGUCGACCAAUAUGCUGAUAUGAUCAUCAAUAAUUACUGUAACAAAUACCUGAGUCUCGGCCAAGACUUUUGUGUCUAA